GUACGUUUGUUUUCAGCGAAUUGCUAGUAAAAGUGCGAAUUACUUAGCUGUGUGGUUUGAUUACACACCGAUUUUUGUUGGAGUUAUAAUUAGUAGUUUUUCAGGCGUUUCAGGUUUAUGGAAGAAUAAGAAGUGUCGUUCAAAUUUCUUCGGCUGUUCUGUUUGAAUGAAAGUCUUGCGUGUUAUUUUUAUUUUUUUUAAUACUUUCGUUUCAUUCCCUAGGUCCAUUGGCGCAUUGUAUAUAUUUACACCGACCGACUAUGGACACUGUGAGCGGAAAAGGAUGGAAAAGUCAUUGGUCAUUUGAUAGAACCAAAUUUAUAUUUCAAGCAUUUUACUUUUUCUUUCUGUCUGCAUUCGUCACGAGGCUAGUAUAUCUUCCUAUCUAUCUUAAACAGCUGGGACUCAAUGCAAAUUAUGUGGGAAUUCUUUCAGGAGUGAUUCCUCUCGCACGCGGCGCAGGAGCACCAAUCAUAGGAUACGUGGCGGACGAAACAAACUCAAGAAAACUUGCUUUUCUUGUUAGUCUGGUAUCACAGACAUUAGCGCCUAUAUUGCUACUGAUACCACGACCUUCUGAACCGGAAUGUCAAUCAAGAGUUGCCAUGGAAACGCCAAAGCAUCCCUAUAACAAAACAUGGAUGGAGAAGUCGCUCAAUAAGACUAGUGAUCAAGAAGAUAUUGGGCAAAGUCAAGAGCUGUUGCAGAUUUUCCUUAUUCUUUUGGUUCUCUUUAUUAUUACAGAAUUCAUUGCUGCGCCAACGAAAAGUCUUGCAGAUUCAUCUCUUUUAGAAAACCUCGACAGCACUGAGUCGACUAAUUAUGGAAGGUUUAGAAUGUGGGGAAACGUUGGUCAAAUCAUUCUUUAUUUGAUGGUUUCACCUGUUGCAAAAUCCAACACUGUUAGAGUUUGCGGCGUCAUUCAGGAUGAUUAUGGACUAACAAUGUUCCCUUUCUCGAUUGUGCUGCUGUUCGCUUUUAUACUGGGUCUAAUGAUUGACUUCAAACAGGAUGAAUUAAGGGCAACAGACUCUCGCAGAACCAAGAGGGAAAUACAAGAAUCAUCCCUAAAAGAUGUCUUGUUAAACCUUCAUAACAUUGCAUUUAUCGUCAUUAUUCUAUACCUUGGGAUAGUUGACGGCAUUUUUAGCAAUUUCAUGUUCUGGUAUCUAACUGAUAUCGACCCAUCGCAAGCCACGUGGGUUAUAGGCGUGGCUGGAAUAAGUCGUAACAUCGCAGGCGCAUUUUCAUUUGGUUCCUCGGGAAUCGUGAUCCGAAAAUUAGGAGUUCUAAACACAGUUAACUUGUCUCUUGCCUUCUAUGUGGCAGGUUUCGUUAUCUAUGGACUGCUGACAAACCCUUGGUUAGCCAUCAUCCCCGAAGUUAUGCAAUUCUUUGCCUACGGUGUUUCCAUGCCGGCUUGUAUUGUGUAUUUUAAAGAAAGAACAUCCGAGGAAUAUUCAGCAACAACACAAGGCAUUGUAUUCUCUUGUUACCUUGGUGUAGGUUUUGGAUUAGGAUCCAUGAUUGGUGGGUUCCUGGUAGACAUCAUUGGAGGGUCGUGGACGUUCCUGCUGAGUGGAGGAGUAACAGCGAUCGUGCUCGUUCUAUGUGUUCUUUCUUUGGCGAUAACAAAACUGCUUAAUCGAAUGAAGAAUAACAAGGUGGAAAGAGAAACAGAGGAUUACGAGUCGAGUUAGACAAACUUCAACUGUUCAUUGAAUGAAAUACUUCUCUCAAGUAAUCCAUCUACCUUUUUUGAGCGAAAGAGCAGUUCAUUUGACAGUUCAUUUUCUAUUUGUCACAUUUACAAACUGACCUUACUAGUAAGUUCUAUAAGGUACUUAGUGGAAAAACUAUAUGAAAAACUCGAUCAGUUACCGGAGUGUUGUCCUUUUGAACACUGCAUCCAGGUACUAUACUUAUAAUUUCAAGCAAUUCUAUGCCAUAAUGCUAUGCAAUAAAUAAAUAAUAAAAAAGCCAGAAAAGACUUUGUUUUAUUAAACAAUUAGACUUCAAUGCGACCUCGAUUCAAACGCAAAGCAAGAACGUAACGGAUUUUAAGUUUCAUUAAUUUGAAUGAAUACGUAUAUAAUUAUUAUUAUUACUGUACGAUGAUAUUCAUG